UAAAUAUCUAUUAAGCAUAGCUAUUAUUACAUCCUUUUUAUAUGAGGCAUAUUAAAUGUGAGGUAAAUUUAUAUUAUGACUCCUAAUUUCUUGCCAUCGCUCUUCCCUUUGGUGUAACCUCAAUGUACUUACCGGCCCUAAACAUCCAAAUCCACCAACAUGAACACAAUGCAAACUAUAAACUAAAAUCAUUGCAACAAUAAAAGGCUGGAUGUGGACUUUCUCUGCACCUCCUCAAGGGCGGCAAUGCAGGAACCCUACUUAACAAAGAGAUCACUGCAAUUUCAAAAAUUGAGACAGCAAUUCCACAUACUCAGCUCUCGACACGGAGCUGGAGCUCUCAUGCAUUCAUGACACAGAGCGGCGGUGUCACUUCGCAAGUUUUGCCCCCCUCCUCCGAUUCCCACAAUUCCGCCCACAGUUAAGAUGGCGGCGGGAAUCCCGGGCUGCGUGAGACGAUUUCUCCAGAUGCCCUGCAACUGGCAUCGGAGCGCUUUCCAAGUUCGCUCGGCCGCCUCCUUGUCCUCCGCGCACGUACGCCAGAUGUUCCUCCAGUUCUUCCAGGAGCGGCACGGGCAUCAAGUCGUUCCCUCGGCUUCUGUGAGGCCGCGAAACGAUCCCGGGCUGCUGUUCGUGAACGCGGGAAUGAACCAGUUCAAACCAAUCUUCCUGGGCACAGCAGAUCCUCGAAGUGAGCUUAAACGUUACCGCCGAAUUGUGAACACCCAGAAGUGUGUGCGGGCAGGUGGAAAGCACAAUGAUUUGGCGGAUGUGGGUCGAGAUGUUUAUCAUCAUACUUUCUUUGAAAUGCUCGGGAACUGGUCCUUUGGUGAUUAUUUCAAAGAGGAAGCAUGUAAGAUGGCAUGGGAACUCCUGACACAAGUCUAUGAAAUUCCAAAGGAUCAGCUUUAUGUCACUUAUUUUGGAGGUGAUGCCUCACUUGGUCUAAGUGCUGAUGAAGAGUGUAGGGAUAUAUGGCUUACACUUGGUAUACCCCCUAGCCAUGUUCUUCCUUUUCACCUGAAAGAUAACUUCUGGGAGAUGGGUGACACUGGUCCCUGUGGGCCCUGCACAGAAAUCCAUUAUGAUCAUAUAGGUGGUGGAAGAAAUGCAGCAGCGCUCGUGAAUCAGGGCAGUCCUGAUGUGGUGGAGAUCUGGAACCUUGUUUUCAUACAGUACAACAGAGAGGCCAAUGGGAGUUUACGCCACCUGCCUCAGCAUCAUGUGGACACCGGAAUGGGCUUAGAAAGGUUGAUGACAGUUCUUCAGAACAAACGCUCCAAUUAUGACACUGACCUCUUCACCCCAAUCCUGGAUGCUAUCCAUAAGGGCUGUGGUGGACCUGGUUACCAAGGCUUGGUUGGCGACAUUGACCCUGGGGGAGUGAAUAUGGCCUACAGAGUGGUGGCAGAUCACGUGCGUGCCCUGACUUUGUGCAUUGCGGAUGGGAUUUUCCCAGGCAUGGCUGGUGCCGAGCUUGUUCUACGUCAGAUUUUGCGCAGGGCUGUACGGUUUUCUUCUGAGGUUCUCCAUGCUCCACCUGGGUUCUUGGCGAGUUUGGUUCCUGUCGUGGUAGAAAUUCUGGGAGAUGCUUAUCCAGAACUAAAGAGGGAUCCAGAGAAGAUUAUGAAUAUCAUCAAUGAAAAUGAGGCAGCAUUUUUCUCUUCUCUCUUGCAAGGACGUCGAGUUAUAAACCGAACUCUCCAGAAAUUGAAUCAUUCCAAAGUCUUCCCAGGCGAGGUAGCUUGGUCUCUCUAUAGAAAUUUGGGGUUCCCCCUGGAUCUCAUUAAAUUGAUGCUUGAAGAAAAAGGAGUACAGCUAGACAUUGCUACUUUUGAUCAUCUGGCUCAGGAGCAUAUCAAACACAAUGCUAAGUUGCAUCAGCAACAUCAGACCCAGAGUGCUGAGAAGCAGCUGGAUGUGCUUUCAUUGGCCCACUUGCAACAGCGGAAUGUGCCUAUUACUGAUGAUUCCCCCAAGUAUGACUAUAAACGUGUACAAGUUGGGGAAUAUGUAUUCAAGCCAUGCCAAGCCACUGUCUUAGCAUUAUACAAAGAUCAAACUCUUCAAGAGGAAGUUUCAGGAAAACAACACUGUGGUGUCCUGCUAGACAGGACUUGCUUCUACGCUGAGCAGGGUGGCCAGGCGUCUGAUCAAGGCUAUAUGACGAGUGGCAGACAGCGGGAUGUACUUUUCCCUGUUGAAACAGUACAAGUAUUUGGUGGCUAUGUAAUCCAUGAAGUCUUCGUUUCAGAAAGCCUGAAGGUUGGAGACCAAGUACACCUCUUUGUGGAUGAGGCCCAGAGACUAGCUUCCAUGAGGAACCACACAGCUACCCACUUGUUAAAUUUUGCACUCCGCCAAGUCUUGGGAGACUGCACAGAACAGCAGGGAUCCAGUGUGACUGCUGAGCACCUGCGAUUUUUUGUCAACACCAAGGUCCCCAUAAAAACAGAGACUCUGCAAGAGGUAGAAAGUGUGGUCCAAGAGUUGAUCAAAAGGAAUGAAACUGUUUAUACAGGAAAAACUCCUCUCAAUCAGACCAGUGAUGUUCUAGGACUCCGGAAACUGGAUACGGUGUAUCCCGAUCUGGUUCGUGUAGUGUCAGUAGGUAUCCCAGUUGAAAAGAUCUUGGCUGAGGAUUCUGAACAUGCAAUGAAUACCUCGGUGGAGCUGUGCUGUGGAACACACCUUCUGCAAACAGGAGAUGUACAAGACUUCACCAUCAUUUCGGAGCGGCAGGCGGUUAAAGGAAUCAGCCAUAUUGUUGCAGUGACAGGAGAGCAAGCCAGACAACCCCUUAGCCAGAAGUGCUGCUGAGGCUUCGGCAUUUGACUUAGGAGACCUCUCUGCAAACCCUCACCAAUUCUGUUCCCUUUCUUCAAAUGCAGAAGGAUGGAAUUGCAAGGUGAAUUGACUCAAUUGAUGCACAAUUGGAAGACUGGAAGAGCAGGUUUGGCAUAAAUCAUCCCUGAGAAGGUCCAUUUGUGUGUGAUUGUGAAUAGUCAGCACUGACUUGAUGGCACACAAUUCAACCAAAGCUAAUAUCAAGGAAACUACCAGGAGAAGUCUCUAACCUUCCACAGCUUGUUUUAGCCUUUUCCCCAACACUUCAUCCACAUAUCAAAGGAAGAUGCAAAGGCCAAAGUAGAAACGUGCUGUGUUUAGGCAGACAAUCCUCCUGGGUAUCUCUUUUCAAGUUAGAAAAGGUUCCACGUUAUAAACCAGUACUUUGAAUUGGGUUACAAAACGGACAGGGAGUCAAAACAGUUUGUUAAGCACCAGCACGAUAUGCAGAUGCAACCCAAUUCCAGAUAGCAAUAUUGCAGUUGAACUAAUUAAACUGUCCACAUCCCUGGCCUGAUUUGAUUUGUCCUCCACUGCUGUCUUGCAAUAUACUGGGAAACCUGCUAUUGGUGUUUGGAGAAAUCUAACUAGAUUUGUUUCAAAUUCAAGGUGUAAUAAGAUUUCUUAAUACGAUAUUAAUAUCAUAACCAUUCUAAGCAGAUAGAAUAAUUGCUAGGACGAGUUCCUCUCCACUUUGCCUAUGCUUUGUCUUUCUCCAUACUUAAGCAGGGAAAGGACAAAAUACACAUGAAGUGGAACUAUACAAGGAACACCUUCUGCCCAGUGGUGGGAUUCAGCCAGUUCACACCUAUUCGGGAGAACCGGUUGUUAACUUUCUAAUCAGUG